AUGGACGAAACAGGGCUCUUUUACCGCAUGCAGUUUGCUAAUCAUACAGCAUAUCCUACACAGGCGGAUAAUUCACUUGCGACCAAGCAGUUGGAAGGUCACAAGCAAAACAAGAAGCGGAUUACACUAAAUAUUUGCUGCAACGGGGAUGUACAGGAAUCCCCGUUGUUUCAAAAACAUCAACCAGGCAAACCUUGGAUGCACAUACCGAAACAAUGCCAAGGCAUGGAGGACCCAAGCAAUUUUUGCAGAAUGGCUCAAAUCUUUUGA